AUGAUGGCAGCUUGCUCGCAUGAACUAGAUUUGUAUGGGAAUAAAAAAAUCAGACUUAUAGUUUGUUUUGCUAAGGGCUCCGGAAUCUGCUUCUCUGUUGCUUUGAAAUCCCGGUUUAAUCUUAUUUUCAUCUUGUUUGUUCUUCAGGAGGAAGUUCGAUUACAGUUUCUUGUUGUUGGAAAUCAAGUUAUUAAUAUUAUGGGUUCGACUUGUUGUGUUGCUGUAAAGGAUCGUAGUAAUAGUACUAACAGAAUUGAAAGAGAAAGUUUGCAUAGGGGUGUCGCAUGUUCACCAUCAUGGAGCUUUAGAUGGGAUACUCGGGGGCGUGUUGCUGGUGAAAUUCAGAAUCCUUCCUAUCACUCAUCUCAUGCGGUCAGUAGAAAUGUCAGCAUGGAGUUUAAAGGCUCGUUAAGUUCUUACAGAAGUAAUUUAUCGGAUGGGGGAAGCGUCCUGGACAAUUCUGCAACUCCUGUUUCUCUGAAGUCACCUGUCAAUGAGGCAUUGGCUGCAAACAUAAUGACACCAUCUUCUGAUCUGUCCAUGUCAAGCAAUUUUUCUACCGUGGUGAAGAAUCCAGGAGAAUCUUCAAUGCCGAAUCAUUCCUUUUCAAUACCUUCAGUUUUAUCAACACCUGUAUCUGGUCCUUUAUAUAAUCAUGAUUAUCAUCAUCCCAACUCUACCCCAACAAGAUGGGCGCAUCGAUCUCUAAGAAACCCACUGUUGAGACAGAUUUCUGAUAAUCAGAUCAUGGGUCUAAAAUCACCAGACAGCUCAAUUUUUGAAGGGAGGGUAUCAUUUGUACUCUCCGCUUGCAGCAAUGAAAUCGAAGCUAUAUCCCAAUGUGGAUCUUCUGAUGGCUGGUCGAUGCAUACCUUUUCUGAGCUGGUGGCCUCCUCACAAAGGGGAAGGUGGUCUUUUGACAGUGAGUGUUUAGGUUCAGGUCGUCUAAAGAUUAGUGGAUCCAGUAGCAGGUUGUCAUAUUCACCAUCCAUGGAUCUACAAUCUUGUGGAGCUUGCACAAGGCUUUUGUCUGACAAAUCAGCAUGGAGCAACCAAAAGUUUGUUGCCAACAGUGAUCUCUCCGUUGUAGCUGUACUAAUAUGCGGUCACACAUUUCAUGCAGAAUGCUUAGAGACUAUGACUGCAGAGGCAGAUAAGUAUGAUCCAUCGUGUCCAAUUUGUAUGGUUGGUGAUAAGCACUUUUCAAAGUUGUCCAGAAAAUGUUUUCGGGCUGAAGCAGAGAUGAAGGCCAAGAACCACAAGAUAUCCAGAAAUCGUGUAGUUGAUAGCUACCUUGAUGGUGAUUUUGAUGGCCAAAAAGAUAUUGAACUAGGAGGAAAAGUUUCAAAGAUGGAAGCUAGCUCCAGUACAAGGAGCUCAGUUGGAAAGCCCUUUUUGAGGAGGCAUUUUUCAAACGGUUCAAAGUGUAGCCGGUCUCUGUCUGAGAAUGAUUCUCCGAGGAAGAAAAGCUUUUGGGCAAGAUAUAGAAAAGAUUGA